CCCCAACAACCCGUGCCUGCCGUGAUCCUUCCGACGCCGUUCCCCGGCCACCUCCACCGCCAAUGGCAGGCGCCAUCCGCUUCACAUGACCUCACUGUUACACGGCUCGAGCUGCCUAGCUGUGGCUGUGAGCCCCUUCUACCUUCUUGGCUGUUUGCUAGCUAGAGGCCGAGAACGAAGCCAGCCCCGUUUUCUGAUCCUUCGCACAGUGGCGCUGCACGUGCCUCUCUCGAUCUGUCGCCUUCUCCUCUUCUUCGCCUUGUACCGUCUGCUGAGCAGUGAGCACGGAACAAGAUCGAACCACGGCCUCACAUACUCGCGCAUAUGGCGACAAUGGCAGGGCGUCUUGUUGCCCGGACGUCGUCCUCCUCGGCCAAGCGCCAGCGGUUCAGCUCCGCUGUUCUCCUCCUCGCUCUCUUCCAGAGCUCGUGGUGCUACGACGACGCGGCGGCGACGACGACGGUGGAUUACGGUUACAACAACGAGCACGAGGCCGACCGGGUGGCGUUCCUCCCCGGGCAGCCGAGGAGCCCUCCGGUGUCGCAGUUCGCCGGGUACGUCACCGUGAACGAGCGCAACGGGAGGGCGCUCUUCUACUGGUUCUUCGAGGCCCAGACGUCGCCGGCGCACAAGCCUCUCCUACUCUGGCUCAAUGGAGGACCUGGUUGCUCGUCCGUUGGGUACGGAGCUGCUUCUGAGUUGGGGCCUCUCAGAGUCAACAGACACGGGGCAGGGCUUGAGUUCAACAAUUUUGCGUGGAACAAAGAGGCCAACUUGCUCUUCCUAGAGUCUCCUGCUGGGGUUGGCUUCUCCUACACCAACACAUCAUCCGACCUCACCAAACUGGAUGAUGCUUUCGUAGCUGAAGAUGCAUACAGCUUCCUAGUAAAUUGGCUCAAAAGGUUUCCGCAGUAUAGGAGCCACGAAUUUUAUAUCUCCGGGGAGAGCUACGCAGGUCACUAUGUGCCACAACUUGCUGAACUUGUCUAUGACAGGAACAAGGGCAACACCAACACACACAUCAACCUUAAAGGUUUCAUGGUCGGUAAUCCACUAACUGACGACUACUACGACUCAAAGGGGCUGGCUGAAUAUGCUUGGAGCCACUCAGUAGUGUCAGACGAAGUUUACGAGCGCAUCAAGAAGGUCUGCGACUUCAGGGUCUCAAACUGGACCGAUGACUGCGAUACAGCGAUGAGCGCCGUGUUCAGCCAGUACCAGGAGAUCGACAUCUACAACAUCUACGCGCCCAGAUGCAACCUCCCUCCGUCGUCAGCUGCACUUGCACUUGCUGUUGACAAGGCAGUCGUAGCCAACAGACAGGAACAUUUCAGGCGAAGGAUCAGGAUGUUCUCCGGAUAUGACCCGUGCUACUCUUCGAACGCGGAAAAGUACUUCAACGAUGCAGGUGUGCAGACGGCAUUCCAUGCGAAUGCCAGUGGAGCUCGGAAAUGGGAAGUUUGCAGUGAUUCAAUUUUGAGGUCAUACAAUUUCUCGGUGCUUUCUGUCUUACCAAUCUACUCUAAGCUCAUCAAAGCAGGACUGAGAGUGUGGCUCUACAGUGGGGAUGCAGAUGGUAGGGUCCCGGUGAUCGGAUCGCGGUAUUGCGUGGAAGCCCUGGGCCUGCCUGUCAAGACGCAGUGGCAACCAUGGUACCUGAACAAACAGGUUGCGGGCAGAUUUGUGGAGUACCAUGGCAUGACGAUGGUGACGAUCAGAGGAGCAGGGCAUUUGGUGCCUCUCAACAAACCUGCAGAAGGGCUCGCACUCAUCGACACAUUCCUUCAGGGCAAACAGCUUCCCACACACAGAUGACAAGAGUACUUAGGGUUGUGAUUGUGAUGAGGGUUAUUGUUUUCAAAAAAAAAAUCAAGGAUUGGACAAACUAUGUGCCCCACACACACGGGCUAAUCAGUAAGGAUUUCAUUUCCAGUUUCUGCAUAAAUUGGGUUGGCUACAAAUAGAGCUGCGGUCUGAAAUACAAUUUUCAGCUUACAU